UUAUAUCGAUUUUUUUUUUUUUUCUUUCUUUCUUUGGAUACAGAACAACGACCGUUACUUUGACAUCCCUCUUUUUGACCUCUCGACAUCAACAUCUCGCCAACACACCACCUUACCACUGUCUGCCGUACCGCCGUCUCUACGUCUGCCGUUCGUCUUACCUUCUCCGCCUCCCACGACGGGACAACUUCUCUGAUUUGGAUCUGCGCGCUGGAGACAAUCCAGAUCUCCGAAACCAUGACGCUAACAAAUUAAGAUUGCUGUCUUUCGAAGCAUACGCUUAUAGAUUCAUUUUCAUGCAAUCAGAUUCAUACUCUGCUUUGAGAAAAAAAAAAAAAGCCACUCUUUUAAAUCAUCGCGGUGUGCAUCACCAUUGAUUGAGCAACCAAGGGGUCAUUGAAGCCUGAAGUCAUCCCAUUUCACAAAGGAAUUAACUUGAGCUUGCCAGCCAGACACUCUCUUGAUGGUUAUCUCCUCGGAGGAAUAGUGAGGGAUUUUGUGUUCGGAAAAAUCAUAAAGUGGAACUCUGAAGCAAAAAUGUCAACAAUGAAGGGAAAAAGUUCAUAGUAGUUUGAGUAAAACGGGAGGUAUUAACAGCUCACCAAAAAAUAAAAAGGUUGGAAAAAUCUUUGAACUCAACACCCAAUGAAAUGCCAGCCAUGGUGAAAGGCGUUGUUGGAGAAGAAACCCGAUUCCAAUCUGUCGAGGAUCGUCUCACCAAAUCUUCCCCUCCAGCUGAGGUGGGUCUACUGAUAGGAAAAUUCAGCUCUGCAUUGGAUCGUGUCUCUCUCUUCGAUUUGAUUCCAACUCCUCACAAUGAUUCCGGCGAACCCGCUUCUUCCAUCACUCUACCUGACAAGAAAACCGCUUCCAAAUCAAAAUCUCAAACCCCUGAUUCUUCUUCUUUGUUCAUUGAUAAGGAUUGGGUUUCCGAACACGCUCGUCAGGUUUCUAGAAUGUUAGUCGGUGGCAUUAAGGUUGUUGGUGUCUAUGUUUGGGUUAAUGAUAAUGCUUUCAAGAAUUCAACCAUAAUGCUUUGCCAGACUGUUAAGGGAGUUGCUGAAGCAGCUCCGAUUUUGGAGGUUAAUUGGUGUGAAAGGCUGCUUCUUCAAAUUUGUUAUGGCCCGAGAAGGUGGAAUUGUAGAAACUGCUCACUAUCUUCAAAUAUUACAUCUAGUAGUCUACGCCCGUGUGAUUUUAAAAUGGGGAAGGUCUUAAGUUCUUUUCAAACUUUUAGGUGUAUGCACAGCUUUAACAUCAGGUUACCCAUAUUGCAUGACGGUUCAUCCAAGUUUCAGACAUUGAGUGACGUUCUUCAUCAUGCAAUAUCGGUUCAUGCCAAAGAGCUUUCAGAUGCAAAAUCCCUGAUCGAUGGUAAAUUGGUUCUUGAUAGUGAACCAUGCUCGUCCGAUGGUGUGCAUGAAGUUGAAUUGCUUCUACCAUUUUCGAAUAAUAGUUUUAUUGAAGCAUACAGCCAAAGAGAUGUUUCUGGUAUUCUUUCUUUUAGUGGCACAAUAUGUUCAUUUGCGUAUCUGAAUUCAAAAGAGCCAAUUUCACAAGCUGUUACUGAUAUAAAGGGAGAUAUCAUUACGAGCCUGCAAAGUAGAUUGGAUAUAAUCUGUGAUGAGACGGAUGUUGAUUCAGGUAACCAUCACGAUGUUGGAAGGCAAGUAGGUGAUGAUGAUGUAUCAGUUGAAAAGCCCAUUUCCCAACUUGUGCUGCAUUUAUUGAGAAAAGAAUGCAAUCUUCCUUUUCCUAGAAGAGUUUUCGCACCAUGGUUAGCAGGGACGUAUGUGUGUGAUUACUUGCAGCCUUCUGAGACUGUUGAGGUUUUAAAAGAUCACUGUAUGGAGUUGUUAUCCAUGAAAGCUCCAACUGAGGUCCCUACAAUUUUGGAGCCAGAAAAAGAAGUCAUAUCUUUCAAAACUAAAUCUUUCUGGGAUGUAGCAGUGCCCUUUUAUUCAGAAAUUCAUCUCUUGGAGGACAAGAUGAAACUUGAUAGCAGAGGAGAGAGUUCUAGUGAUAAACUUGUGAAGCCAGGUCACAUUAGUGUUGUAGCUGCUGGUGUCAUCCUUCUACUAUCCAUCUUAGUCGGUUUUGUGUUAUUUGCCCUUAAGGGUUGAGGGCUUUAUCUCGUCACCUUACAUUCGCUAAUCUCUAUAGCAUCAAUACACAUUUUCAUAUAAUUUCCAAAACUGGUGGCUUUGGCAACUUCUGUACUUUGAAACUUUACAGGGCAGGUAUGGAAUAAAAUAUAGUAUGAAGGAAUGAGGAUGAUCAGGCCAAUCAAUUUUCGAUUCUCUUAGCCUGCAAUGACAAAAUCAUCAUCACAUACUUGUGGAUUUGUGAAAUUAUAUUUCAAUUACUUCUUUUUAGCAUGACCUA